AACAAUAUUACAAUUCCUUUUUUUGUCUUUUUUUGGUUGUGUGUGUGUUCAUGUGAGGUCAGGUAUUUUAGUGUUGGCGUUACAUUUUAGUGGAGAGGGUAACAAAAAAACAAAAGCAGUGUGAAAUGGUAAAAGAUGUUAAAAAGGGCGGUUUCAACGGAUUCUUAAGAGAAAUGAGUAAACCCUAAUCUGUUUGAUUGAAUGAGUGUUAGUAUUUCGCAUCAGAAAUCUGAUGCUUGGGAUGUCAACCUGGGUGCUCAAAUGUCAAUAGCUCAUGGUGCUGUGCAUGUCAUUUGCUUGUUUUCGUAGCCAGUUAAAGGUUGUAUUUGGAUGAUCCAGCGUGAUCUCAAGCUUCUUAGUUGCUCUUAAAAUGAAACCACGAACUAAUGGGACUUCUAGAGGUCAGAAGGCACAGAAUUUUCAGGGGGAGGGACGAAAUUGGAUUCUUAUUGCAGGUGGUGCCUUGUUAAGUACAUUGUCAAUUCGCCUUGGUUACAAGCUCAAGCAGACACUGGACUCAAGGCAACAGGCAAAUGCUAGUAAUAGUCUGAAAGGGAAUGUGAAAUCAUCUGACAGGAGGAGGUCACCACGUUGCAAUAUGCAUUCAAACAUGUAUUCCUUCACACAAGAUGAUGAUGGUUGCUACAACUGCAUUCCAGGGAAUGAAGGCAUUGCAGAUAUGAAGCAUCAGUCCAAUGACCAGAUGCUGUCUGAAUCCGAUGUUGGUCUACCUUUGGUGACGGUUCCUGCUGCAGAAUUCACCAAGGAGAAUGGUGUUAUGUGGGUAUCAUCUCCUGAUCGCCUUGAGUUGCCACCAAAGCCAUUCCACAAUUCAAACUGCUCUGACUCGCCAUGUGUCUCAGAAUCUGGUUCUGACAUCUUCAGCAAACGAGAAGUUAUACAGAAGCUGAGGCAGCAAUUGAAGAGGAGAGACGACAUGAUACUGGAAAUGCAGGAUCAGAUUCUGGAAUUACAGAAUUCGCUCAAUGCUCAGCUGACACUUGCUUCAAAUUUGCAAUCACAGAUCAAUGCAGCUAACAGGGAUUUGUUUGAUUCUGAAAGGGAAAUCCAGAGGCUGAGGAAGGCAAUUGCUGAUCACUGUGUGAAACAUGUGGGCAUCAAUGACAAACCAUCAGCAAACACAACAUGGCCAUCUGAGGCAAGAAAUGGCCAUGCAAAUGGAUAUCUUGAUGGAGACAGCAAUUUUGAGUCAUUGGAAAAGGGAAGGGGAGAUGUCGAGAGGAUUGAGAAGCUGAAGAGAGAAGUAGGUGAGUUGAAGGAAGUGAUAGAAGGGAAAGAGUACUUGUUGCAGAGCUACAAGGAGCAGAAGUCAGAGCUUUCCAUGAAGAUUAUGGAAUUGCAGCACAGAUUGGAUUCACAGCUCCCUAAUAUUUUGUAGGCAUUGGUAGGAUGUGUAUUCUUGGUUGUUUCCUCGUUCUUUUCUUUGAUUUUACUUCUACAUUCUGAAUUUUGGGAGAAGCUUCCUUUUUCUCCUUUCUUUCCAGAAUUUCUUUCAUAACUUAGUUUAGAAUGUUUGAUGCAUUUUACGUGUUUGUUCAGAAGUGCGCUUGUUGGAGAUGAGAGAGAGAGAGAGAGAUAAGAAAAUUUUAUGGAUAUCGUCUAUACAAGACUUUUCUAUGCAAUUCCUAGAGUUUCUCUUCA